AGUAAUCUUCCUGGCCUUUACAGGAGCAAUGCCAAUAGUAAUUAUUUACUUUAAAGUUAUAAAGGAGAACAUCAACAGAUUCUGCAGAUAUACUUGGUGUCAUAGAUAAAGCCUUCAUAAACUGCACCCUACACUGUAAAAAAAAAUCCUGUUAAAUUUAUGGUAAAAAAUUGGCAGCUGUGGUUGCCAGAAAUUCACAGUAAAAAAUAUAGGCUUCAGGCUUUACAGGAUGUAAUUUUGAUUCCUAUAUAUUUUAUGGUGCAUUACCAUUUAUAUUAUUAAAUGAUAUAAAUGUAAUACUUUAGCCUUCUGAAACUGUAAAAAUCUGUGUUUUACUCACUGUAGUAAUUACAAAAAGGCACAUGCUGACAUGAAAUUCAUCAAUAGUGGCCUUUUCAAGAGCAAUUAUCAAUAAACAUGUAGAGACAGUGCUCAGUGUCACUCACACAAACAUUUAACUCCAUCAGGGUAACACAUGUGAAAUUAAAAUAAUGCAAUACACAUUAACUAAACUAAAUCAAAUAUAACACAGAACACCCUAAUGCAGAUAAGUGAUUUUAAAAAUAAGAAUAAACAUAACUAUUCCCAUAAAAUAUAAUGAAAUGUGAUGGGUACGCAAUCUAUCUACAGGAGUCUGCAGUUGCGUGUAAGUGUGUUUAUUUCAUUGUUUUACUUUGUUGAAGAGUGGUAUUCAUUGCUAGACUUGUGCUGUUUGUUUACUGUCUUAAACUUGUGCUGUUUGUUUACUGUCUUGAACUCGCGUCGCUUAAACGUAGGUUGGUUUGUGUGUGCUACAUUGUUUUGACCCAGGUUAUUCACUGCUAGAUUUAGCGUUGGUUGUCCAGUUUGUGUAAAACUAUCAUGGUUUUUAGUGUUUAUAAACAGUGCUUCACUUGUUUAGGGUAUUAUUUAUUGCUAUAGUGCAGCAUAAUUUAUUUGCGGUGCACGGAAGUCGACCCUUAGUUUCUGUUGACCACGUGACUAACUUUGUUGUGCUAAGUAGCAUUAAGGCGUGUCCAGCUUUUUCACUGAACAGCUCAUUAUCAUCGCGUAUAUAUUUGAUUUGAAUGCUGACGUGGAAGCGGAAGUGGUAGCCCUCAUGUAAAGCCCUCCUCGUGUGAAGACCUACUUGUGUAAAGACCAACGAGUCUACCUAUGCGGGUCCACCGAGCAAGGACACCGACAAGGCGCCACUCAACAUAGCACUUAAGUAUCUUGUUAUUGUAUCUCGUCUUAUUUUCCUUCUAUAUACUAACAUGUCUACUUCACGAAUAACACAUGCCUUCAAGCACAUCCCUGUUAUCUGUUACAGACCGUUUACACGAUAUCAAUGCAAGACCAAACGCAACCCACACAACCUACGGCCACUUUGCACUUCAGCACCUGCUACACUCUCUUUCUCAGUGGGACUCUGGAACUGCCAGUCAGCUGUGAACAAAGCUGACUUCAUUCCAGCCUUUGCCACGCAGUCCACCCUCAGCAUCCUGGCACUGACAGAAACAUGGAUACGUCCAGAGGAUACAGCAACACCUGCUGCUCUCUCCAACAACUUCUCCUUCUCUCACACCCCUCGACACACCGGUAGGGGAAGGGGAACAGGUCAGCCGACAAACUUUCUUGAGGAGUUGGAUGUCCUGUUGUCCUCCUUGCCGGAGGAUGGUAGGCCACUUGUGGUUCUUGGUGAUUUCAACAUACACCAAGACAAGCCCCAGGCCACUGAAUUGAAUACUCUCCUGGCCUCAUUUGACUUGGAAAAACUACACACCACAGCAACUCACAGAUCGGGCAAUGAACUGGACCUCAUCUUUACACAUAACUGCCAGCACGUGCUACACCACCCAGCCCCUGGCUGUCUGACGUCCUUCGUGAACAUCGGACUGACCUCAGGGCAGCUGAGAGGAGAUGGCGGAAAUCUAAAGAUCCAGCAGAUUUAGAACAAGCUGCCGGAUGACAAUCAGUCAGGCUUCAAAAGUGGACACUCCACCGAGACUGCCUUGCUGUCUGUCACUGAGUCGCUGAGAUGGGCGAAAGCUGAAUCCAGAUCAUCAGUCCUGAUUCUGCUGGACCUUUCUGCAGCCUUUGACACAGUCAACCAUCAGAUCUUACUCUCUACCCUCUCCUUACUGGGCAUCACAGGAACUGUGCUUGACUGGUUUAAUUCCUAUCUCUCAGGCAGGUCCUUCAAGGUAGCCUAGAGAGGUGAGGUAUCCAAGCCACAUCAGCUACUUACUGGGGUACCUCAAGGAUUAGUGCUUGGGCCACUUCUCUUCUCUAUACACACAACAUCACUGGGACCCAUCAUUCAGGCACAUGGUUUCUCCUACCACUGCUAGGCUGAUGACACGCAACUCUACUUGUCUUUCCAGCCCAACGACAUCACAGUGACUGCUCGAAUUUCUGCCUGCCUGACGGACAUCUCGGCCUGGAUGAAGGAGCACCACCUGCAACUCAACCCAGCCAAGACUGAACUCCUUGUCUUUCCAGCCAACCCUGCAGCUGAACACAACAUCACCGUGCAGCUGAGUGCAACUACAAUAACGCCUUCCAAAUCGGUCAGAAAUCUAGGGGUAACCAACAGACAACAGACUAAAUUUCACAGACCACAUCUCAAAGACCGCAAGAUCAUGUAGAUUUACACUCUACAAUAUCAGGAAGAUAAGACCCUUCCUCUCUGAACAUGUCACACAACUGCUUGUCCAGUCACUUGUCAUAACUAGACUGGACUACUGUAAUGCUCUCAUUGCAGGCCUCCCUACAUGUGCAAUUAGACCCCUUCAAUGAUCCAGAAUGCAGCAGCACGUCUGGUCUUUAAUGAACCAAAGAGAGCACAUGUUACACCACUCCUUGUCUCUCUCCACUGGCUGCCGGUUGAUGCACAUAUCAAAUUCAAGGCUCUGAUGCUGGUAUACAGAACAGUCACUGGGUCUGCUCCAGCAUACCUAAAAUCAUUUAUGCAGAGCUACGUGCCCACUAGAAGCCUGCGGUCGGCUAAGGAACAUCGCCUUGUUGUACCAACACAAAGAGGCACCAAAACACUUUCCCGGACUUUCAGCUUCAUCAUACCACGUUGGUGGGACGACCUUCCCAACUCCAUCCGUGAAGCUGACUCUCUGUCUUCAUAAAACGACUAAAAAAACAUCUUUUCCAUGAGCACUUAACCAGUCAUUAAAAAAAAAAAGAAAAAAAAAAAUUCCUGUUGCACUUUAUUCUGUUUUGAAUACUAUUAUGAUGCUAGUGAUACUUUGUAAUACAGCACUUUUCAUACCACUGUCUCCUAAGAUGAUUAGCUUAUGUAUUCCUCUUUUGUAAGUCACUUUGGAUAAAAAAAGCGUCUGCGAAAUGAAUAAAUGUAAAUGGGUCA